AUGCGAGUAGUCCCCGCGUUGCAGUUGACUACUAUCUGUGCCAAACAGCGACGAUGCGAUGUGACGCUCGACAUAUCAGCGCGAGGAUACUUACCUUCACCUAGACCUUUCUUUCACCGUACGAGAGGGGAUCCAUGUAUAAAGGCUUUCUUCUUGCUAGCAAUGGCAUCAGAGACCACAAUAUCAUUCAACCACUCGUCUACCACCAAGUUACGAGAUAGUUACGACAGCACCCCAUUUCAGCAAGUGUUUCUGGUGGCUUUCGCCUGUGGAGUCAGCUGCAAUGAAAACCUGCCAUCUCAGCUUCUAUUGCAGCUGAAGGACAAACGCGGCAUUAAUGACAACUUAGUAACUUUCCCGUCGGGAUCUUCUUCCUCCUAUUCGGCUCCCGUUCAUUCGAGCUUGAGUUCCGGUUACGAGCUAGGUGGAUCAUCCGGUGGCUUCUCCCUGGGACACGGCGGUUUGCUUAAUUCAGGUGGCUCUGUCGGCCAUGGAAUUGGAUAUUCUUUAGCGCCGUCCAGCAGUCUCGGUCUUGGAUCUGGAUACCAGUCACCUGGAUUGAGCCAAAGUCACUUGAGUCAUCAAAGUGUUUCUUUGGGUGGACACUCGGCUCAGAGCACCUACUCCGUGCCCAGCAUAGCUCAUCUGGGAAGCGGCGGAAGUAGCAACACACUAUUCGCUCCAGCGAAAACAGGCCCCGUUACUUUCGGAACCCAUGGUGGCAGCGCCGGUGCCGUAAGCACUUCCAGUUCCAAUUCGCACAGUGCGCCGAUCUACACUACCGGCGGCCAUGGACUUUCGGCUUACAGCAACGGAGGAUCUAACGCUGGUUUUCAGCUCGUACUGGGAUCGUCAAACCAACAACAUGGUCUGUCAUUGGGCUCAUCGGGCGCCUCGUCAGGCUACAGUCUUCCUACUCAUUCCGCAUCUUCAAGUUCUUCGCAUCCCGUGACAGGCGGCUUGAUCAUCGCCAGCGGUUCACACGGCAGUUCCUCCAGCUACAGCCUCCCAACAUCUACAUCUUCUCACAGCAUUUCUACUCUGGGUAGCUCUUCAGGCACUCAAGGAGCAUCAGCUACGUAUUCUCUUCCGAUCAGCUCUGGAUCUCACGGAAUCUCCGCGUUGUCCUCUGGUGCUGCGUCAUCCAGUUAUCCCGCAGGAUCCUCCAGCAGUCAUUCCGGAUUUUCGAGCAUAUCGUCCGGCGGUUCCAACUACCAACUACCGAUUGCUUCAGGAUCUCACUCAAACUCAGGAUCAUCCAACGCCAUCGCGUACACGAAUUAUCUACCGUCUCAUUCGUCCGGUAGCAGUGCCAGCUACUCCAGCCCCAGUGUCUCUUAUGCGAGUCCAAGUAUUAGCCAUGUGAGUUCUCCCAGUUCGGGCUUCUCCGGCGCUGGUGCUAGCUAUACUCUCAGCGCAAACUACGCGGCUGCUGGUUCCAGCCCAGUCGUAACUUACACCGGAAGCCAUGGCUAUACGCCUACAUUAUACAGCUCAUCUAGUUCCCACGGGACACCCGCGGAUUCGCAAGGAGCUUAUACUAGCGUAAGUCCGAGAUAUUUCGGAUACAUCUCCGAGAAAGCUGUCAAUGCGGACUUAGGUGGCGCAAAGUAUGACACGAUUUCAUACUCGGUUCCAAACGGAAAAUAUUAA